CCACGUUGGUGUUCGCGUUUGAGACGCGACUGUUUGAAUUAUGUGAAAUCAUUCACAUCAGCAAUUUCAAACAGACGUUGUGUGAAUUUCUGUCAAAGGUUGAUAGUCUAAAACUUUACGGAUGAAAUCAGAAACAAAGCUAUGCGUGAGUAACGGCUCUAAGCUUUCGUUUCAUGCCUUGAAUUGCAAAACGUAGGAUAUGCGCGCGUGAACGCAGGAUGAAGUUUAUAGUAGUUCAUAGUGGCGAAAACACGGAGUAUGCUUAAAGAUAUGAUGAAAUCGAUGUAGUACGAAUAUUAAACACCCGAAAUGUUUACCAUGUCCUCUAAUGCCCCGAGUUUCAAGUAAAAGGAGACUGUUAAACCCAAACAAAUCUCAGCUGUUGUUUGAAGAGGCUCCGAUUAAUGGACCGAAGCAUGACUGUGGACCACAGCUUCCGAGUGCUAUUCACCCCAGAACAUGUAUAUCAGAAAAACAACAGAGAGCUAAUGCACAACGUUCCCUUUGGGUAAACGUAUGCUUGGUGUCUCCACAGUUUAGUUCACAUGAUAUCAAAGCAGUUAGUCGUGGAAGGGAAAGUACGAGAGGUAAAUCGAACACAGUGAUGGGAUUGUCUUUUCAUCACAACAGACCAACAGCUGUCUGCAAAUACUCCCCACUUUCGUUUGAGACAAACACUGCAGUUUCACAGCACCCGCACAAGAACACUCAGACAAAAACAACCAUUCAACAACCACUCAAAGAAGUAAGGUGUUCAAGGGCUAAGAAAGACAGACAGAUUUCUUCAAGCAAUCUAAAUAAAGAACUUGUAGAAACUCCUAAACGGACACCGUCUCUUCGUAAAGGGGUGAAAAGAAGUACUGCUCAAUCUGUGGUUAGACCAGGUGCUUCCAGGCGUACAGAGCUCCCAAGCACCCCACCUCACCAUGAAAAUGAGAAAAGGACUCCUGAAGGUUUUGUUCACACCCCAGUGUCAAAAGAAGGCCAAACACCAAACACAAUCUCAGUUCCUGCACCUCUGGAGGUAGAGACACCGGAAAUGCCACAUUGUUCCAGUGCAUCUUCAGCCAGUGUUUCACAUCUCCUGUUUCCCCCAAACCAGGCAAAGACCCCUCCACGAACUGAGAAUACAAGUGUCCUGGUGGAGGACACACCUGAGAAAGACUAUGGGCUGAGGGUAACAUGGAGAAGGAGGAAAGGGUUAAUGAAAGUAUUGAUGGACAGGGGAAAGCUCCUUGUCACUGAUACAGAAGUUGCUAAUGAAUGGAUCUAAGACUUUAGUUAGUAGAUAAUGUAAUCAUUUAUGAUUUGUUUCACGGUCUUUUCUGUUCAAAAAUUAUGUGAUAAAUUGAGUGAGAUUAGGUGAUGGGUGUCAUGUUUUUAUUUGGGCUACACUGAUCCCUUUGGGACAUCAUUUAUCCUUAUGAACAAAAAAAAAGAAAAUCUUACAAUGAAAUAUAUUUGAAAUAUGUUUUGCAGAAAGGUUGCAGAUUUUAUUUAAU